AUCUGGUGUCUGGGAUUGCAAUCAUGUAUUUGAACAACAGAAAUAAUGCCAUCAACACAGAGAGGAGUAAGAAGAACAUCAAGGGGAAAACAUGGGCUAACCUGAAGACAACCCCAUGUCAGGAGGAGACCUUCACCCAGACAUCUCCAAAGGUUGGGGCAAAGUUGGAGCCGAAGAAGAACAAGACAGAGGAGAAGGAGGUGAUGCAGCUCACUGCGUUUGAGAAGGCCUUUUAUGAUCUGACUCAUUCAGAGAAGGUGAUGAAUGAUCUGACAUUUGGACGACGGGUGGGGCUUUAUGAGCUAAGAGGAGAGAUUGGCUCUGGAAACUUUUCCCAAGUCAGACUGGGGAUACAUGACUUGACCAAAGAAAGAGUUGCAGUAAAAAUCCUGGAUAAGGUGCGCCUGGACAAGCGAUCUCAGGCACUAUUCGUGUCAGAAAUCUCUUGCAUGGAGAAGCUGGCUCAUCCCAACAUAGUGCGACUGUAUGAGGUGCUGGAGACAUUCAAGAGGCUCUACCUGGUGAUGGAGUAUGCCAGCGGAGGAGAGCUGUUCUCCCGUAUCAGCACCAGGGGGCGCCUGUCAGAUCUGGAGAGCAAACUAGUGUUUUCACAGGUCCUGUCUGCAGUCAAAUACAUGCAUGAUAGUAAUAUUGUCCAUAGGGACCUGAAGGCUGAGAACAUCUUCUACACCAGCACCUACUGUAUUAAAGUGGGUGACUUUGGUUUUAGUACAUCCUGCAGCCCCAACGGAGUCCUUAACACAUUCUGUGGCUCUCCACCUUAUGCAGCCCCUGAGCUGUUCAAAGAGAAAGGUUAUGUCGGUCAGUAUGCAGACAUUUGGGCGCUGGGUAUCUUGCUUUACUUCAUGGUGACUGCCACUAUGCCAUUCAAAGCCACUAACACAGGCAGGCUCAAGUGUUGUAUCCAGCAGGGCUCCUAUGCCAUUCCUUCAUAUGUACCCAGAUCAUGUAUGGAGAUUAUUAAGGGCCUCCUGAGGCCGGUACCUGUGGACCGCCUCACCAUGAAACAGAUCAUGGACAGCAACUGGAUGAGAGGUAUUGAAUACCCCGAGGCCUACCUAGCUUGCAGCCCUACACCCUACUACCUGGCUGAGUCUUCCAACAACCUCAGCUCAGAUGAAAUGAGUGUGAAGGCAGCGUUGGAGGAUCUUGGCAUCACCAAGAACCAUCUUGUCAACAACAGCGUAGACUUGAAAAGCCCCGUGACUGGUGCUUACCGGAUUUUGCUGCACCGCAUCCAAAAGAGGAGGUCUGUGGAAUCUGUGGGCUACAGCCAGAGUUGCAACAAAGAGUCCCAGAACAGACUCACAUGGAGAGCAGGCUCAGACGGCAUGUUAGACAAACAGCACUCUGAGGUUUGUCUCAUCAUGUAAAUUCGUCAAGGAAUACGUCACCUGUAUAUCAGUUACUCAGCCUAUGUUACUUUGAAUUCACAAGAAAAACUUUAUUUUUCUUGCAUGCCUCUGCAAGCUGAAUGAAGAAUCCAAAAACUGAGAAAACUGAAGUCAUA